AUGGCUGAGGGAGACAGAGAAGACAUGGCAAUAGCAGUGAAGCAAGAAGACCCGAACAAUCAUUUUAACCGUGAUGAGAGACAAUGGAUGCGCAGAUUGAAGACAUUCUCGGGGAAGAAGAAUCCUUCAUCUUCGGAGCAUGAUUUCGACUCGUGGGAAUUUGAGGUUCAACAGCUGGAUAAAGAAACCGACAUUGAUGACAAAGUGAAACAUCGCCUCGUGCGUGGAAGCCUAAUCCAACCUGCUGCCGGUUUAGCUAGGAGUUUGGGACCUACUGUUGAUAUAGCUAAAAUACUGAAAGUGCUGAAAUCAGCAUUUGGUCAGGCUGCGGAUGGACAUGAGCUACUCAUGAGGUUUUACGAUGUGGUACAGAAAGAGGAAGAGAAACCUAGCCAACUACUGCAACGACUUCAAGGUUUAUUGAGGAGAGUAGUCGACUCAGGCGAGAUACAUGUACUUCAUGAUGAGGAGUUCAAAGUUUUGAGUAAACAAUUCACUAGGGCAUGCAAGGAUGAAACACUCUUAAUCAAACUUGACGGUUAUGAGUAUGACGACUUCGGAGAACUCUUUUGUGGUCUUGUAGAAGAAGAAACCAGACUAAAAGACAAGAACUCGAGGUUUGGAGACCAUCAUAGUGAAAGUACCACAACGAAGAGAGCCCAGGCAACAGCAAAGUCCCAGACAACUGCUGAUGCAUCAACCCAUAAUACUCAAAUGACACAGUUGCUUGAAACAGUUAAAGCUCUCAGCGUUGCUGUGGAUGAACUUAAGAGGGAACGAGUAACUGAGGUUGAAGCUGAUGAACAUCAUCCAAAUGGUCGAGGUCGAGGUCGUGGUACUACCCGCAUAACAGAACCAAGUGGAUGGCGAUCAAGAUCCCGUGCACCAUCAUCCCAGACAAGAAGCAGGAUAUGUUACAACUGUGGCGAGAGUGGACACUUCUUUAGAGAUUGUACCAGACAGGGAGAUCCCAGGAAAGUCUGCGAUUUUUUUAAAGGGGGAGGAAGACAAGAUGACAAUGUUCAUCAGGGAAACUAG